AUGGUGGUGUCCCACCCCAGCGGUGGUUGGGAGCCUCCCGUCCUGGUGACGCGUUGGAGCUGCUUCUUCCAGAUCGGUGUGCCGAGCCGGCACACCAAGGGGGCAAGGAGGGAGCGAGGGACCUGGGGAGACCUGCCACGUAGGAGAGUGGCAGCAGGGGCAGUACGGAACGCGCUCAAUUGUGAGAACCAGACAGCAGCGAUCCUUUCCCUGGUGCAUCCUCACUACUUCCAGGAGACGACUGUGUUUGCUGCUGGCCUGCUCUUGCGCCUGCGGGUCCACUCGGUACAACUUAACUUCCGUUUCCUUGUUAACCAGCAGAAGAUUGACCUGAUAGAUUUGGAAAAUUCAGACAAGACUUCAGGCGUAUCCUGGGCAUCUUUUCAGAUUGAGUAUGACAAGGAGUUCACGCCUCACCAGCGGCACCACAAGGAGUUCAAGUUUAAUUUGUCUCAGAUUCCUGAGGGCGAGGCCGUCACAGCCGCUGAGUUUCGGAUCUACAAGGACUGCGUUGUGGGGAGCUUUAAAAACCAAACUUUCCUUAUCAGCAUCUACCAAGUGCUGCAGGAACAUCAGAACAGGGCCUCUGACCUGUUUCUGCUGGACACACAGGCGGUGUGGGCCUCGGAGGAGGGCUGGCUGGAGUUUGACGUCACUGCCACCAGUAACAUGUGGGUGAUGAACCCUCAACACAACAUGGGACUGCAGCUGAGUGUGGUGACCCGGGAUGGUUUCAGCGUAAACCCUAGAGAAGCAGGCCUUAUAGGCCGAGAUGGCCCUUACGACAAACAGCCUUUCAUGGUGGCCUUCUUCAAAGUGAGCGAAGUUCAUGUGCGGACCACUAGGUCAGCGACAAGCAGACGCAGGCAACAGAGUCGCAACCGCUCCACCCAGGCUCAGGAUGUUUCCAGGGUGUCUAGUGUCACAGAUUACAACAGCAGUGACUUAAAAACAGCGUGCAGAAAGCAUGAGCUUUACGUUAGCUUCCAAGACUUGGGAUGGCAGGACUGGAUAAUCGCUCCAAAAGGCUACGCAGCCAACUACUGUGAUGGGGAGUGCUCUUUCCCACUCAACGCCCAUAUGAACGCAACCAAUCAUGCCAUUGUACAAACUCUGGUUCAUCUUAUGAAUCCUGAUUAUGUUCCCAAACCAUGCUGUGCUCCUACCAAACUAAAUGCCAUAUCUGUUCUUUAUUUCGAUGAUAAUUCUAACGUAAUCUUGAAGAAAUACAGGAAUAUGGUAGUAAGAGCUUGUGGAUGUCACUGA